AUGAGGGAUGAGGGCAUGCGACUUUGCACUGCAGCCAAACGACCACCGGUUGAGGAGACUGCAUCGUUUCUGCAGAGCCUAAUCGCCUCUCAUGGACCUAAUUACCUGGAAAAACUCUUUGGCAGCAAGGCACGUGACGCGCUCUCCCCGUUGGGCGGUGUGGAGAAGGUGGCCAUCGCCCUGAGCGAGUCGCAGACUAUUGAGGACUUUGGAGCCGCACUGCAUCUAAUGAGAUCUGACCUGGAGCACUUGCGUUCCGUUUUUAUGGCCGUGGAGAAUGGAGAUCUUGGCAUGUUGAAAUCGCUUGGCAUUAAGGACUCCGAGUUGGGCGAUGUGAAGUUCUUCUUGGAGAAAUUGGUUAAUACCGGUUUCCUUGACUGAGUAGCGCCGGAUCCGGCUUCUGGAUUUUAUUAUGCACACGCACAGCCCAUUAACCCUAAUUUCUAUUCAUAUUUGGGCACGCCCUACGACAAUUACAAUUAUUAAAGGGGCGUUGCAGCCAACAACACACACACUCACACACACACACACACACACACUCUUAAACAUAUUCAUAUUCUCAUCCAUAAAUAUCAAAUAUUUUCUCAAAAACCUUUCGCAGUUAUUUUGAGUUUCCAAACUAAAUUUCUAUGUUUUCUGCUAUCCCUUACCGUCCAAAAAUUUAUUUGUCUACAAUUUUCAAAGAAUUUUCAUUUAAAUGA